CUGUCGACCGCCGCGGCUGAAAACUACGACUAUUAUAUUAUCUUUCCAGCCAUGCGACUCCUCUUGCCGGCCAUCUUGUUGCUGUCCGCCAUCUUGUCGAGCGUGACGCUGGCGCAGUACCAGCGCCCGCGCCGCCCGGAGCGCUUCCACAACCCGCAGGACCUCAGCAACUACCUCAAGGAGCUGAGGGACUACUAUUCUGUGCACGGCAGGGGAAGGUAUGGCAAAAGACGAAUGGACACCCCAUACUUCGAGCUGCCGUCAAACGAAGAUGUCUCCUACAGGAGUAUCGAGUACCAAUAAUCCACCGACGAUAACGACUCCCUAAGUUAAUCAAUAUGUAAUUUUAUUUUUAGAAUGACAAAACCUUGUAAAAAGAGAUCUUCACUUUUAGAAAUAUUCUAGUCAUUUUAUUAACCUCCUAAACUUUUUAUCAGGCUGGGUGAUACGAGUUUAGAAGGUUCUCAGAUUUAAGAGUAAUAAAUUAAUCAAAUUGUAUGUAGUUAUGUAUUUAAAAUGCAGAAUGGUUCUAUGA